AUGUCGUCUUUCGCCUCGACCUCUACCACCCCAUACACCACCGACAUCGAGGCCCAGUACCCGGAGACUCCAGUUAGCGCCAUGACGCGCACACCGCAUGCUACAAACCCGACCCGCAUGUUGGACCCCAUGGAUGCGUCUUUCGGGUACACAUUCGCGUCGUCGUCCAUCCACGAGAGCCGCCACGACCGCAGGCAGAGUCUGUCGGAAGCCCCGCCAGCAUAUGCUGAGGAGGCGGGUAUCCCCCUCCCGGACUACACAAUCCACGCACCCGAGCCUGUGACGCUCGCGAUGUACUUGUUCAAAUUUGGGUUUUUGUUCCCACCAUUCUGGCUUUUCGGGGCCUUCAUCCUCUUGUCGCCACUGCGCGCACCCCCUUCUACAUCUGAUGACACCCCUGCGUGGAUGCCCGAGAAGACGGAGGCAGAGCGCCAGCAAAUCAUUGCAACGAUUCGCAAAGUAGAGCUCAAGUGGGCGAAGCGGUGCCUAUACGCCUUCCUCAUCCUCGCCGUUCUCGUCAUAACCGGCUGCGUUGCUGCCUGGGCUGUCCUUCACCAUUGA